AUGUGUUCAUAUUAUGGAAAACAUAUUAAAGAUUUUGCAAAAAUAUCACACCCACUCACUGAAUUAAUAAAGGGCGAUAUAAAACUAAUUAAGUGGGAAGAAGAACAAAAACAGCCAUUUAGCCUAUUAAAGGAACUUUUAACUGCUGAACCACUAUUAAAACACUUUGAUGAAGAACAAAGAGGUAUUUCUAACCAUAAGUCUAUGGCUCAAUCACAGGCUUAG